UUGAACACCACAUCAUCCGACCCGCAAAGUGGGCCCCGAAUUUCAGCGCGCGCCAUGCGGCGCCUUCUUCCACUGCUGCUGCUGCUGCUGCUGCCGCCAUCCGUCGCUCAGCUGGUGCCACGCGUGGUGCUUGUGGCCGCCUUUCCGCCGGAGUUGGAACGGUGGAUCGAGCGAUUGCCGUUGUCAGAAGAACUGCCAUUUCCUGCUGGUGCUGGCCCCCAGGUUCUUCAUUGGAACAGUGACUUGCAGAUCCUUGGCCUUGUGACUGGGCAGACCUCCAAGAGUGCAGCCAUGUCGGUCACAGCCUUGGGCCACGAUCCACGUUUCGACUUGCGCCACGCCUUCUGGCUCUUCGCGGGCAUUGCAGGCGUUGACCCUGAGCUGGGCUCCCUGGGGUCCGUGACCUGGGGCCGACGCUUGGUGGACGGCACCGCGGUGAAGUUCUUAGAUGCCCGGGAGAUGCCACAGGACUGGCUGACCGGCUGGCUACCACUGCACCGGGACAAACCCUACGGCUUGCCGAUUCCCUCUGUGGCCGAACAAAAGGACAUGGUUUGGACCUUGGACCUUCAUCCUGGGGGUUUGGUGGAGUGGGCCUUCAAUUUGACGCAGCAUAUCAAGCUGCCAGAUCACAAGGCCUUCGCAUCACUGCGCGAGAAAUACACGGCGGCGCCUGCGCGCGCUCCGCCGCGGGUGCAGCUGGGAGAUACACUUUCCACAGAUGUAUUUUGGACAGGGAGCUGGUCCGCCGGCUGGGCGAGAAACUGGACGAAGUACUGGCUGCCAGCAGAGAGCUUCGGGGGUCAGGGCCGUUUGGGCACCUCUGCCAUGGAGGACUUUGCCGUGGCGGAGGCCUUGGCAGCUCUGCACCGCGCUGGGCUGGUGUCGGGCGUAGCAGCGGCGUUGCUGGUGCUACGAAGUGCCAGCAACUUCAUGGAGCCCCCAGCGAAGCAAAGCCCGGUCGCCUACAUGGACUUCUUUCUCAACGAAGCCUGUGAAGCAGCCUAUCUGGUGGGACUGCCGGUGGUGAAGGAACUGCUUCAGCGUCCAGGCUUCGCCCCAUCUACGCGCGGAGUGGCCUUGAAGGAUCGGUCGGUGAGCACUGCCGAGUUUUAUCAGGUGGCUCAGGUCCAACGUGGUACUCAUGGCGUGCGAUACUUCGUGGGAUGAGGAAAAUGCGGUCUUUGCCGGAGUCAAACCUGCCCGCCCACAUUCGCACCAAGCCCAACUUGAUCACGGAGGAUUGCAGCCUCGCUCUGAUGUGAC